CACAGAAUAUUCCCGCUCUUUCAGUUUCCAUGGCGAUGCGUUUGCCAUUGGCGCCACCUGGAGGAACAGCGCGGGAACUUCCGCUCAACCGCCUUCUGUUAUUCCUCAUGUGUGCAGCAGGUGUCUCUCUGUGAGGAGAAACGAGGAAAUGCAGCAUCUUUAGUUCACAGAUGAGGAAAAGAAAUUCACUUACCACACGAAGAGCAGAAAACGAGCCAAAUCGGAUGAAAACAACGCGGUACUUUAUUUCAAACCAUCGAAGAUGUAACCAUUCACGCAUUUUCAAGUAAUGGAUCAUCCGAACCGAGUCAUCCGCUGAACCGAGUCAUCCGCUGAACCGAGUCAUCCGCUGAACCGAGUCAUCAUCCGACUGAAGGCGGAUUACAGCGCGAGCCUGAAGCGGCGUAAUCAUGGAUGUGUUCGGCUCUCUCAAUCUAAACGAGCUCGCUCUGGGGCUGUCAAACCUCUCCAUGUUCCCCUGCUUCGACACGGCGCAUUAUAUCAUAUCAGUGAUGAGUCUGAGAGAGCAGCCAGGAGCGCUGGAGGUCUCUCAGCGCAGUCCGUUUGCGUGUUGGUUCAGUUCGAUGCUGUAUUGUUUCGGUGGAGCCGUUCUCUCAGCGCUGAUGAUGGCAGACGCGCCGGUCGCACCACUGUCCAACACCACCAACCUGCUGCUCGCCUCACUCAUGUGGUAUCUGGUGUUUUAUUGUCCUCUGGAUGCCGUGUACUCGCUGGCGUCCGUGUUGCCCGUGCGUCUGGUCUUGACGGCGAUGAAGGAAGUGACCCGUACCUGGAAGGUUCUGGGCGGAGUCACACAAGCAGGAAGGAAGUACAAAGACGGUCUGUUUGUGAUGAUCGCGGUGGGCUGGGCUAAAGGAGCCGGUGGAGGACUCUUGAGUAACUUUGAGCAGCUGGUUCGAGGCGUCUGGAAACCAGAAACCAACGAACUCCUGAAGAUGUCAUACCCGACCAAGGUGACGCUGCUGGGAUCCGUUGUGUUCUCUCUCCAUCAGUGCCGCUUUCUCCCGAUUCACACGCAUCAGCUGAUCUUCAUCUACACGCUCUUCAUCGUCACCAACAAGCUCAGAAUAAUGCGUUUAUAA